CCGUGGCUGUGCGCGCGCCCGUCCCGCCGCCAAGGUGUCGCACUUCGGCAUCGCCGCCGCCCGCUACUUCAGCGUCAGUGCCCGGACGCGCGGCAUGCAGAAGCGGGACGCCAAGGAGAAGCCGGCGGAUGAGGCGGCGGCGGCGCGCCGCGCCGCGCGCCUGCCCUCCUCCAGCCGCGCCACCGUCCAGAGCACGGGCUCGCGCCAGUCCGGCUCCGGCUCGAGCUCGGGCGUGCUCAUGGUCGGCUCCAACUUCCGCGUCGGCAAGAAGAUUGGCUGCGGUAACUUCGGCGAGCUCCGGCUCGGCAAGAACAUGUACAACAGCGAACACGUCGCCAUCAAGCUGGAGCCGAUGAAGUCGAAGGCGCCCCAGCUGCACCUCGAGUACAGGUUCUACCGGCAGCUCGGCACGCACGGACACGCCGACCGCUGGCUGAGCUGCCACCGGUACUCAUCGCACUGCGCCGAGGGCGUGCCGAGGGUGCACUACUUCGGCCCGUGCGGUCGCUACAACGCGCUCGUCAUGGAGCUGUUGGGCCCCAGCCUCGAGGACCUCUUCGACCUAUGUGAUCGCAAGUUCACCCUCAAAACUGUGUUGUUAAUAGCCAUUCAAUUGCUGCAUAGGAUAGAAUUCGUACACUCGAAGCAUCUAAUCUACAGGGACGUCAAGCCCGAGAACUUCCUCAUAGGCCGCACUUCGAAUAAAAAAGACAAAGUCAUCCACAUUAUAGAUUUCGGCCUAGCCAAGGAGUACAUAGACCCGGAGACCCACCGCCACAUCCCCUACCGGGAGAACAAGAGUCUGACCGGCACCGCCCGCUACAUGAGCAUCAACACACACUUGGGCAAAGAGCAAAGCCGGAGGGAUGACCUGGAGGCGCUGGGUCACAUGUUCAUGUACUUCCUGCGCGGCAGCCUGCCCUGGCAGGGCCUGCAGGCCGAGACACUCAAGGAGCGGUACCAGAAGAUCGGCGACACCAAGCGCGCCACGCCCGUCGAGGUCCUCUGCGAAAACUACCCAGAGGAGAUGGCCGCCUACUUGCGCUACGUGCGCCGCCUCGACUUCUUCGAGACGCCCGAUUACGACCAUCUGCGUAAGCAGUUCCAGGACCUGUUCGAGCGCAAAGGUUACGUGGACGACGGCGAGUUCGACUGGACGGGACGCACUAUGUCGACGCCGGUCGGCUCGCUGCAGACAGCCACCGAGGUGAUCGUGUCGCCCAACCGGGAGCGCCACCCCACCACCAACAAGGGGAGCAAGACGCCCGCAUGGCCGGAAGGCCAGCGCACGGCCAACACCACGCUGGGCAGCUCACUGGCGCCGGUCGAUCGGCACGGCUCUGUGCAGGUGAUGAGCUCCACCAACGGUGAGCUGGGGCCGGACGACCCCACCGCCGGCCAGAGCAUCACGCCCAUCACCGCCCAGCCGGACGUCGACGUGGUGGACGAGACCAAGUGCUGCUGCUUCUUCAAGCGCCGGAGAAAGAAGGCGCGUGGCCAGAAGUGACCGCUGCUGGCGUGGCGGCGGCGCGGCGGCGGCGCUCGGGUCGGCCUGCUGCCGGCCGCCGCCGACCCGGAGUGAACCGCCGCCACGCGCAUGCGCGCGCGCGAGCUGACCAGUGAACGACGGGCGGCCAGACGGACGGCCAGUGAGAGAGCGAGAGCGAGGGAGUGAGAAGAGUGAGGCAGGCGACGCGCCGGCGAAACAGCGCGCUCGUCUGUAGAUACUGUGCCGCGCGGCCGGCGAGAGGCGACAGGUAGAGGCCAGGACCGAUCGGGGAGCUGGCGCUGGCGCCGGCGCUGCGCCGAGGUGCCUGACAGCCGGGGCCUCAGCUCCACCGCCGAGUCGUGAGCGGGGACGCUGGCGCUGCCGCGCCCCAGACGGCCGCGGACACUGGCCGGGCGCGGAGUGGCGCGGGUUGGCGAGACUGAGGCCCCGCGGCGGGCGGUUCAGGUUGUGGAACAAGACGCGGAGCACUGGGGCAGGGCGGGGCGCCGGAGGCCGGCCGGCCGGCUCGGGCUAGGGCCGACAGCACGUGCCGCCGCCUGCCUGCCCGCCCUUCGGGUAGCUGUGAUUUCGUUCGUUUCUCUCCUGUGUGGUUCCAGUAAGCAUUUUUACGUCCCCCGAGGUGGCCGAUGUUACUGAUUGUUGUCUCCACUGCGGUGUGCCAUUGUAUUUGUACGUACUCCUAGACACGACAGUGAUUUUAUUUAAUUAUGAAUAAAGUGCGUCUGCGAUUCUGCU